UUUUGGCUGCAGGCUUUGACUUUGUUCCCAAGGUGACCGUGCGAAAAGUCUCUGGUCUUCUGAUUGUCGCAGCUGUCCAGUUCUCACAGGAAGUCUCUCCUGCAGCUCAGUUCCGAAGCACGCCUGAUGAUGUCGCUGCUCUCCGUCGUGAUGUCCCUCUUCACCAUAUUCCUAGUUUCUGGCGCAUCGCAGUAUUGUUACCCGUGCGAUCCUUGUUGGCCGGACCAGUCUGCGUGGGAUCAGCUAUCCUCCGACUUGGAUGGCAAGCUGUUCCAGACAGAUGUCACAGACUACGAGGUUUGCGAAUCGGUGCCAACCAGCAAUUUAGCAGCGUGGACGCUGAUAGAUGCUGAGAACGGGAUCUGCAUGCAGCACCACAGCUGUGCGCACGACCAGUGCGACUCGGACAAAGCGUGGAAUUUGCCGGCCUACACUGUGCGGGCAGAGUCCGCAGAUGACAUCAGGGUGGCGCUGACGUUUGCACAGCUGCACGACAUCGCAGUCAGCGUAAAAACCAGUGGCCACAGCUACUCAGGGAGCAGUACGCUCAAAGGCUCGUUGCUGAUCUGGAUGCGCCACUUCACGCAGUACGGGACGCAGCAGGCCUUCACCGACAGCUGUGGCACGCUGACGGAUGCCACGCUGAAGGUCGGCGGCGGGCAGGUCUGGUACGAGGCGUACGACGCUGUCAAAGAAGACUUCAACAUCAUCGGCGGGGGGGGGAAGACUGUGUCUGCCGCUGGUGGCUGGCUUCAGGGCGGCGGCCUCAGCGCCAUGUCGCCCAGCUACGGCCUUGGCAUCGACAACGUCCUUGAAGUCCACGCCAUGCUCGCGAACGGAACAGAAGUCGUCGCGGACGCCUGUACCAACCAAGAUCUGUUCUGGGCGCUUCGGGGGGGCGGAGGGGGCACUUUCGCAAUCGUGAUGUCUGUCAUCUACCGGCUUCACCCACCCUCUCCGGUAACGCAGCUGGUGGUUUACGUGGAUUUGGCAGGGUGGGAAUCCGAUUUCGGCAAGAUCACGGCACUGCAGGCAUGGUGGCACAAAAUCGUCGACCUCCAACAGGGUGCAGGCCUGGACUCUCGUUGGGGCGGUUAUUGGCAGAUAGCCGCGGGCCAUGGCGUUCUUUUCUUCAUGGGAACCAACGAGGAGGCUUACGACACUCUGAUCACCGACCUCGAGGCUUGGAGAUCGAACCGGAGCGAUGGCGAUCACAUCUACCUGGUGGUCACCGAGGGGGACUCCUACUACUCGGUCGGGGGGCACGAGGCGCUCGAGACCGACAUCGGCAGCCACGCGGAAUUUGAUAUAGACUCGGUGCUCAUACCGCGGUCGUACGUGGUCGACCAAGACGGGGCUGUCAUGAAAUCAACGAUGGACGCCUUGCUGAGCGCUGGUGUCUGGAGCUUCACAAUGUAUCAGCUCGGAGGGCAGGUGAUGAAUGUCUCGGACAUCGCGACCGCGAUCCACCCGGCAAUGCGGGCUGCACAGUUUUCCUUUAUGAGCUCCCACUAUGUGUCCAAGCUGCUGAGGGACAGCAUUCCUGGAUCUGCGACCUGUCACAAUCACCACGGGCCAGAGAACCGCACUCUGGAGUCGCUGUUCGGCGACAAUUUGCAGAGGCUGCAAGAGGUGAAGGCCUCCUACGACCCCGAUAAUCGCUUCAACUGCUACCACUGUGUGGGCUGGCAGGAUCCUGGGGACGAGGACUUUUCCUCCUGCGCUGCUCCAGCUGAGACCACCACGACGGCCAGCACCACGACGGCCACCACGACCGAGGAGACCUCGACGCCAGACUGCGACUGCUCCAACAGCAGCGAAUACCUUACGGUAUGCGGUGUUGACGGCAACGACUACGGCAACGCGUGUCUUGCCGAGUGUCACGGCGGUGGCUAUGCCUUCGACGGGUCGUGCUCUGCCAGCCUCGACUGCAGCAAGUGUGCAGACGAGGAUCGGGAUUGCGUUGCCGAGGACACUGAACUGCGCGCGGGCACGUGUGACGAGGGGUACCUCGCCAUGGAGGGGUGCUACUGCUCCAGCUCCGACGAGUGUGAACCGGGAAGCUUCGGAUGCUACGAAGGCCCCUCGGCAGGAGCCUUGGCCUGCGGCCCUGCCCUCGUGUCCUUGCUGAGCGUGGCAGUGGCGCAGGUGUAGGAGACCCUCCGACGCGGUGGCAGACCAGCCUCUCACGCAUGCCAGUGGGCUGGGUGAGGCCUGCAGCUGCACUCGUUCCCCUCGCGGCCCGAACCGAGGACCAGACCGUCGGUUCUCUCUGCGUGCCCCCUGCUCCUCUGGACGCCGCUGCGCCUGAGGGCGGGCAGCGCCACACCUGCACCGUGGAGCGGGAUGCCCUGCACAGCAUGGACGUCUCGGUUCCUCCGCCCGCUCCUCCGCGUCACGCCAUCCUCCCGUCGUCUCUUUCCAUCUCGGUCCGAGGGCUCAGCUCGAUUGCUCGCUGUGAGAAGGGUCUCGCUGACUGUCCGGUCCCGUGCGAGUGCCGGAGUGCUCCACAGCGCGGUCGUCAUGCUUGUUAGUUGGCCGACCCUCUUUCUCUCUAAACUUGAUGCGGAGCGCCGUUCUUCCUUGCACGCUUGUUUGUGUGCACGGUUGUCGAUAAGGUCCCUCUCGGUCUCUCGUUUCCCUCCCUCUCUCUCUCUCUCCCUUUCUGUCGUUGCUAAUUUGUGAGUGAUCCACUCGCCCGAUGACAGGGCAACAGAGUGCAGUAGUAGCACGGCAUCAAAGGAACAGCUUGCCAGUAGCAGGGUCGCUGCUGUUGGCCAAGAUGUUUUUUGUUUUUUAUUCUCUCUCUCUCUUUCUCCCUCUCUUCGUGGCUCUCUGUUCAGACUGUGCGCGGAGCUCGUGCCUCUCUCGAAUGUCCGCCUGCAGCGCAAUCGUUGUCAGUAUGGGAUGGUGCCUCGGCUGGCUGGCCCUUCGCCAGACGACAGGGUCAUCGUGAGUGCAGUCGUAUGGCGGCACCAAAAGAGCAGCUGCUCAGUAGCCAGAGCCUCGUGGUUUGCCAGGACGCUUCUCGUCACUCUCUCUCUCUCUCGCUCUCUGCCGCAUUCUCUGUCUCUAUCUCUGUUCCAGGCCUCCGACGGCGUUUUUUUCAAUACUCGCUCCCCCAGGCUGGGAACGCCCGAAGACUUCCGGAAGGGAGGUCUUGGUCGUGGCCCCCCCAGUCCGCAGUGUCCCAGCGCCGCGCCCUGCGAUGCGUCGCACGGCGCCUCGGCCGUCUGCGGAGAGUGCGCGGUCUGCCAGAGGAGGGACAGUGUUGAGCCCCGACGCUCAUGUUCCGCGCGGGGGCCCGAUCGCGCCAAGUCGCGUUGGCCAUGCGGGAGGCUUCUUCACUGCCCGCGUUGAGCAGCAUUUAGCGGUCGGAAUCAGUCUUAUGGGCAAGACAGAGGUCCGAAGAUUUAGAAGCGCACGUCGCCAUGCUCUAUGACAUUUUGUCCUGUGUGAUUUGCAACCGCACGCCCGACACUGGGCAACGACAGCCCUAGUCUGGGAGGCAGUUGCGGCCGUGCCAAAUGGCAGGAGUUGACCGGGCGGAGCCGUGGGAGGAUCUACGGGUUCCGGCGCACGGACCGUCGUCGCGCUCUCAAUCUGUAAUCAUUUGACGGCUGUUCGGAGGAGGAA